AAUCAACUCCGGCAGGUCAUGUGACGAGUUUCAUUUUCAGUUUUUUAGUAGACGUAAACAAUAUUUAUUUUACAACAUGUAAUUUCGUAUUUUUAUUAUUACAGGAGUAGAAAUAUACAGGUAAUAAUAGAUAUUUGAUGUUUAGUCAGAAAGGGUUACGCCCAGCAAAAUAAGCAUCAUGUGAACGUUGAAAAUGUCCUGCAUUAUGUAUUCCUCGACCUUGAUUCUGUAUCACAUCAUUUGUGGAAAUAAGGAUUAAUAGAAGAUUUACACAAUAAUUUCGUGGUACAGAGGUAGCCAUGUCUGUGCCAGUUGUGCCCUUUACCAGAGGUAAACAGCAGGUUGCCUCCUCCCCAGGGCAGCAGGUGUCACCAUCCCCCACUCAGGUGUCCUACCCUCAGAAUGACAAGAUUGUACAAGAUAUAUCAGAGUGUAUUGCUGAUAUGAAGUCAGACUUUGAAGACAAUCACCAACCACUGACUGAUGAUAAUCAACAACUUCAGAGAUUCUGUGCCAAGCUGGAAUACUUGUUAAGAGCUGAUAUGAAAGAUAAAUACACCAUACUGGGAAAGAAGAAGGAUUAUUGGGAUUAUAUCUGUGACUGUCUGGGAUCCAGCAAGGGGAUCAAUGAUGGGAUUAAAUAUGUCAAAACUAUCGGGGAUUACAAAACAUCACUAGGAAAAGGAAGGGCUUUUCUGAGGUUUUGUUUGAUGCACAACAGAAUGGCUGACAGCAUUCAGGCCUGUGUUAUGAAUGGAAAAGUUACAAGUGAUUAUUUCCACCCAAAGUCACUCUGGCUAAAUCAUGACAAAAGCAGCUCAUUGAUCAGUAACCUGUAUGACCUCAGUGAACUCCAGUUUGACCUUGCUGCUAGGGGUUAUGACUUGGACAAUGCUUGGCCAUCAUUUGCAAAGAGGACACAACAAGGUAACUACAGCUGGAAUCCACCAAGUCGUGCAGACAGCAUGAGUAGCCUCAUCAGUAUACCAAUACAGCAGGAUCACCGUGGGGAGUCAUUCAGUGAGUCAUUUGACGUAGAGAACAGCCUUCGACAGGAGUAUGGUGACCAGAUAGAUGCCUUGGAACAGCAGAAGAAGAGUCUGCAGCAGUCUGUGGUCCAUACCAAGUCAGAGAUGGAGGUACUACAGGGACAGCACAGCGAACUGAAAGGACAGCUCGAGACACUGACCACAGAAAACAAGGAACUGCAGAGAAGCUAUGAUAGGAUGUGUCUAGAAGUUGAAUCUAAGGAGAAGGAGAUGAAAAUGAAGGAAGAGGUUCACCAGAGGGAAAAGAGGAGCUUGGAGGAGGAUCUAAAGAGAAGGGAGGAGGCAGAGUAUUCACUUAAAGAGAAAAUGGAUAAACUGGAAAACUCCCAUCAAGACAGUCAUGGCAGCCUCAGGACUAAAAUUACUGAGCUUGAGAAGAGUAAUGCUGAUCUUCAGAUGCAGGUGCGAACUCUGAUGUCAGACCUCUCAGUCAGCAUAGAGGGCGAUACGAAAAAGUCGGAUUUAAUUUCUAGUCAGGACAAUAAAAUAAAAAUAUUGGAGUCUAAGAAUCAGGAGCUGCUCCAGAGAGUGGAGAAAAUGAUUGCCAAUAAAGAUAACGAAGCCUCGGCUAAGAUGGACUCUGUGAAUCAAAUGCAGGAACUGGUGGGGUCUCUAAAGGAAGUGGAAGCGGAGAAACUCCGACUAGACGUGCAGUUAGAAGAGAUGAAGAAAGAAAGUGAAUCAAGGAAGCUACAGAUUGAAAAGACAGAGAAAGAGAAGGCUGAGUGUGAGCAAAAAUGGAGUGAGAAUGUUAAUGACUUAGAAAGAAAGAUUAAGAAAGCAGAGGAAAAUGCGGAAAUAGAGAGGGGAAGUCAUCAACAACAGUUAAAAGAAAUCAGAACGGAACUGAGCGAUUUUGUGGCUAAACAUGACAGGGCUGUAGAAAAAGUCAAGCAGCUUGAGAAUGAGAAAGCUAGUGUAGAAUCUGAGUUGAGCUCGAACAAGAUAGGCAUGGAUGAGAAAGAGAAACAGUUAUCUGAAAUUACCAACCAGGUGAAACAAAUGAAAAAUGAACAUGGUUCUCAAAUUUCUGACCUCAAUGAACAAUUAAAUGCUGAAAAGAUGCUUAUUCAAGAGAAAAUUGAACAGUUACAUGAAAGUCAAACUAAAGCCUGUGCAUUGGAAUCAUCAUUACAAGAGAAAACAAGCACUUGCUCUAAACUGAAUGAAAAAAUAUCACACCUCUCCCAUGAAAAUGAUGACCUUAUACAAGAAUGCUCAAAUCUAAGAACAGAACUAAAACAUGUGAAUGAGAAAAAUGAACUAGUGAGUAAUUCCAAGGAAGAAAACCAGAAACUGGUGGAGGAAAAACUACAAGUUAUCAAAGAAAAGGAUAAAAUCAUUGAGAAUAUGCUUCAUUCAAUCAAGUGGGUUGUAUCGGAGGAGGGGGAAAAUCAGAUUGGGAAGGCUCCAUCUGUUGAAGGGAAUUCUGAAUUUUCCUCUACCGUUGGAAAAUUAUGUGACAAUAUCAAUGCAGUAAAAUGUAAAUUACAUGAUAUUUCUUCAGAAAACUCGACUCUUCAAAAUCAUUUAACUGAAAACAAACAAACCAUUAAAAAUCAAACUGCUGAAAUAUCUAAAUUACAAAAGGAAAAACAUAGUUUACAGGAGGAAAUCCAAAAUUCAAAGUGUGUAACUGAAGAUCUGCAACAGAAGAUAAUGGAGAAGGAUAGCACAGUGUCGGACAUGGAAAAAAGAAUGAAGGAGUUGGAAGAAAAAUUGACUGAUACUGGGAUAGAAUUACAGAAAAUCUCAACUCAAAGGGAGGAAUGUGUGACCCAAAUUAAGAAUUUACAGGAAGAGAUCACUGAAAGAAAUAGUGAGAUGGCAGCUUGGAGAGAAAAGUCGUCUAAAACGGAGGCAGAGCUACAGCAAAGCUGUAAAACAAAUGAAGACAACACAGUAGUUAAAAAGUCUUUGGAAGAGAAAAUUAAAGAGGGUGAAAAGAUUGUGUCCUCUCAGUCACAGAAAAUUAGUGAGCUCCAAAGCGCUGUGUCAACAUUAGAGGAAAGUGUUAGAGGAACUCAAAAUGAGGCUAAGUUGUGGAAAGAAAAGUAUGAUGCCCUUUCAUCUGAAAAUGGGGAACAGUCAAGAAAAAUGGAGGAACUUGCUAAAAGAAAUAGUGAACUUCAAAACAACAUCGAGACAGUGCAAAAGGAGAAAUCACUUAUAGAAGAAAAGAAAAAGGUUGUACAAACUAAAUUGUUUGACUUGGAGUGUGAAUUUUCAUCAAUGCAAGAGGAGAAAAAGAAACACAUUAAAGAACUUGAGACAGAUUUAAAACAAAAGGAGGCAGAGAGAACAGAUUUAAAAGUGAAAGUAGAAGAAGCUCUAAGUGAUCUUCAAAACAUAGGAGAACAGCUGAAAAACACUUCUUCACAGUUAGAAACAGUGUAUAAUGAGAAGGAAAAAUUGGAAAGUGAAAAACACGAAUUAGGAGUGCAGUUAACUAAGUUACAGGAAGAGAUUGGUCGACUUGAGAAACACAGGGAGGACAGUGAGGUUAACCUACGGAAUGUUCAAGAUGAAAGUCUAAAACUCAGUGAAGAAAAGAAGACAUUAUUAGAGAACAUUGAAAAGUUACAAGGGGAGAAUACCAAACUUUCUCAAGAAAUGGAUACACUUAAAGAACUGGAGGAAAGUGAAAGUUGUAAACUUAGAGCAAAAUUGACUGACCUGGAAGAGGAACAGAGGAGAAAAGACAAUGAAUGGGAAAUUGAAAAACAGAAAGCGGAGAAUAAUUGUCUUGUUUUAGAAAAGACAGUUUCGGAGAUUGAUUCAGAAAGGGGUUCACUGCGGGAGAAAGUAAGGGAGCUGGAAAGUGAAUUGAGUGAGAAAUCUGAGAAUAUUGAAAGAUUGGAUUGCUCCUUAGAGAAGGCCAUGACAGAAAACCAAUCGCUGAAGCAGAAUCAAGAAGAAGAGCUGAACUCACAAAUGACAUUAAACUCUGAAAAUGAAUCAUUAAAGCAAGAAAUUAGAGCUCUAAACUUUCAGUUAAGCUCAGAUCAAAUUGAACAUGAGAAGUCUUUGCAGAGCUAUGCUUCCAAAGAGAAUGAUCUGAAAAAUAAUGAGGAAAAACUUCAGGAAAAAGCAACGCAGAUACAGGCAUUAGAGGAUGAACUUUCAUCCAUGAAAAGAGAACGGGAGAUGGAAAGUACGGACAGCAACAAACAGCUUGAAGAGAUGAGCUCUCGAAUACUGGUGUUGGAAAAAGAGAAAGAAACUCUUACAGAGGAUUUAACACAGAAAACAAAAGAAUUGGAAUUAAAAGAGAAUUUAUGUGUACAGUUCAAGGCACGGGAUGAAGACAAGAGCAAGGAACUGAAAUCUAUAGAGGAGGGCAAGGACAAGGAAAUUUCACAACUGAAAAGUGAUAUGAAACAGCUGAAAAAGAAAAUUGUUCAACUUACAAAGGAGAAGGACACACUUUGGCAGCAGACUGAUCGUUUAACAUACGAACAGAAAAUGCAGUCAUCUGCGAAAUGGAUUGAUGAGAAAACAGUUACCAACUGCAUGGGCUGCAAAGCAGAAUUCACAUUUAUGGUUAGAAAGCACCAUUGCCGGUUGUGUGGUCAAGUAUUCUGUCACAACUGCAGCAACAAUUAUGUUGACUCCACCCACAGCAGAUUUAUAGGUGUUCUUGAGUUUAACAAUAAGAAAUCCCGUGCCUGUAACCAUUGUUACCAGAAGUAUGUACAAUCUGAUGACCUCAGUUCCUCCAUGAUUAGCAGACUACAGGAGGAUGACGGUGCAGAGGACUCAAGCGAGGAGGAUCAGACGUCUGCUCAAGUCCUUAACACUGCAGCUGUGUCUGGUCAAGAGGAUACUGGGUGUAAAACUGAGACUUGCAGCAAUAAUGAAAUUGUAGUUUUAAUGAAUGAAUCACCCCCAUCAGUUUUCGACAUUCCUCCCCAAAAUACCUCAACCCCAUGCAAAGCUUCUGGAGAGCAAAGCCCAGGAGCAACAGCUGCACCGGAGAGACAGACGAGCGAUGUCGAUAGACCUGAACCAGACGAGGUCGUGAUACCAGGUCAAGUGGCAGCCAAUAUUUCAAUUUCUGUAGUUGGACAAAAUGAAACAGACGAGAUCAAACGGGUGAAAAAAGGAAGUGUGGGGGAUGGAAAUGAGGGGUUGUCUAAGGACGAGAUAUUUCACUUGGUGAGUAACGAGGAGAUCGCCAGAUCACAGAGUGCUUCAUCAGAGGAAUUCCAGUAUCGGGAUCCAGACCCCAAUGUGACGACUGGCAUCACAAUUAAUGCUGAGGAAUUAGAGAAAGGGGAAGUAAAUAACUCUUGUGAAUUUUGGAUCAAGGCUGGGAAGAGUUAUGCCGUCCCAGUGGUCAUUGAUAAACAAAAUACAGUGCUGUGUUGGGAAUUUACAUCUCAUCCCAAGGAUGUGGUAUUCAGUGUUACAUACAUGGAGUUUGAGAGACCUGACCCAGCUAUGACACAUCAUUUGGUGCCAUCAUGCAAAUGUGACUCGCAUAAACAGGCUGUUCGUGGAGAACUGACGGCCAAACAGACUGGGAUAUACACACUCUUUUUUGACAACACGUAUUCUAGGAUAACUGCCAAACGGAUUAGUUACUCCUUGUGGACAAGACACAUAAGCGACUGAAACCUCAUACUUCUAAAUCCUAAAUUAUUUACUUAUUCAAUUUGAAUGAUUUUUUAAUAUGAAAUAAGAAAAGAAGGACUGUAAAUGUUGUAAUACAAUGUACUGUAGAUUCCAUAUUUUACGUGAGUACUUAAUAUCGCAAAAUGACUAUAUAUUUAUGAAUUUACAGUACAGCAAUGUACAUGGACUUACAAUGUAAUAUCAGUUAUGAUUAAUAUCCAGAAUUUGUAUGACUGUUACUUUGUUUAUUAAUUGCAAAAUCAUACUAGUGAACUACAGGUACAGAUAUGUUAUAAUGAUAUAGAUACAUAUCAACAUGGCCAUAAUAAUUUUAGUCUUGUUCUGAAUGAAAUAAACUUUUUAAAUAUAA